AUGAAGACCGAAAUCGAAAAGCCUUUCACAGAAACUAACGGGUUUCAAAGCACGAUUCACAAUGCAUCCCACAAGAUCGCCAUCGUGCGGGGAACAGUGGACGCCGGCCCGGCUGUCCUCCAUCUUCUAGAUACCGCAGUCGAAUGGCUGGUGUCGAAUGACAGAACGGGGCAGUGGGGAGCAGCAUCGUUUUCAGAGAAUCCACGACGUGCCGAACAACUCAGAGAAUUUGCAACCACCGGCCAUGGUCUGUGGCUCGCUAUCAGAGUUGCGGAUGACACGUCCAUGCCAGAUCAAACCCGACUUCCCGAUAGUGACAUCCAAACUCCGAGCGGAGAGGUGCCAGGGGUCAUCGUAGGAGCGCUUGCUCUUGGAGAGAAGAUGCCUUAUGUGACCCAUGUCUCUGAGCCCGAGCUGUACGUGCGGCUGUUAAUCUCUGAUCGACGAUGGGCGGGUAACAAGAUUGGCACACGCCUUUUGGAUCAUGCACGUGAUCUUACCAAAAAGGCUGGUGCCUCAUUACUGCGGGUGGAUUGCUAUGCAGGUGGUGAUGGCAAGUUGGUUCGAUAUUAUGAGUCCCAAGGAUUUGAGCGAUCUGAAACUUUGACCCUGGAAGGUGGCUGGCCUUGUCAAGUGCUUGCUCAACGAUUAGACGGGGUGAAGAAAGAGGAGACACCGUGA